AUGACACAAGAUUCUUCCAUGCCAAUCGAUCUCCGAGAACGUGCAAUCGCGUUUCUGGAAAACUUGACAACAAAACGCGACCUCCCGGGAGCAGCCAGGUUAAUGCAUGAUGCGCUGACCCUGCAACAUAACGACCUUCCGUCCAUGACCAAGGCCGAGUUUGUGGAGUUUUGGCCCAGCGUGUUAGACAAGAGUCCCAACGUGCAUGUUGCCAUCAAAGAUGUCAUUUGUCAAGGGAAUCGAGUCUGGGUAUUUUCCUGCGUCACGGGAAGACUGAACGAGGGGCCCCUGGACGAUGUCCAUAUGCUGUCGUUCGCUGAGGAUGGCACUAUUCUCCGAAGUCACGGAAUACAAAGGCAGAAAGUGGAAGGGGGUCAUUAG